AGCAAAGAGAGUUUGAAGAGUAGAGAAAGUGGGGAGGGAUCUCCAUCGUAACAGCAAUCGUAGAAUCACUCUGCAGGCCUGAAGAAGGUGAGAGAGAGGGAGACAGAUUUGGUCUUCUCUCUCUAGGCCACCAAACCAAACCAAACCCUAGUAGCUCUGGUUCGCAAAACUGGUUCUCUUCUGCAGAGGCUCUCGUUCCGGGUAGCCCUGCCGAAGAAAAUGAAAGGUCUUUUCAAGUCCAAGCCCCGGACACCCCCGGAAGUCGUCCGCCAGACCCGUGAGCUCCUCAUUUUUGCCGAUUGCAAUGGGAAUACCCGUGAAGACAAGCGUCAGGAGAAGAUGGCCGAGUUAAGUAAACUUAUCCGGGAAUUAAAGACAAUUCUCUAUGGCAACAGUGAAGCAGAGCCUGUCGUAGAAGCUUGUGCACAGUUGACGCAAGAGUUUUUCAGAGAGAACACACUACGACUUCUCAUUAUUUGUCUUCCAAAAUUGAGCUUGGAGAGUCGUAAAGAUGCCACUCAAGUGGUUGCGAAUUUGCAAAGGCAACAAGUCCACUAUCGGUUGAUUGCUUCUGAUUACUUGGAAGCAAACAAAGAUCUUUUGGAUAUUUUGAUUUCAGGGUAUGAAGACACAGACAUGGCUUUACAUUAUGGUGCAAUGUUGAGAGAAUGCAUACGACAUCAGAGCAUUGCAAGGUAUGUAUUGGAGUCGGAUCACAUAAAGAAGUUCUUUGAUUAUAUACAGCUUCCAAAUUUUGAUAUAGCAUCGGAUGCUUCAGCAACUUUUAAGGAGCUUCUGACGAGGCACAAAUCUACUGUGGCUGAAUUUCUUACUAAGAAUUAUGACUGGUUUUUUGCAGAGUACAAUUCAAAACUUCUGGAGUCUGCCAAUUACAUCACCAGACGGCAAGCUGUCAAGUUGCUGGGAGACAUGCUGCUUGAUCGUGCCAAUUCUGCUGUUAUGAUGCGAUAUGUGAGCUCAAAGGACAACUUGAGGAUCCUAAUGAAUCUUCUUAGGGAAUCAAGUAAAAAUAUCCAGUUAGAAGCAUUUCAUGUCUUCAAGCUAUUCGCUGCUAAUCAAAACAAGCCUCCUGAGAUUGUCAGCAUACUAGUGGCAAAUAGAAACAAGCUCCUACGGUUCUUUGGUGACUUCAAGAUGGAAAAAGAGGAUGAACAAUUUGAGGCAGACAAAGCUCAAGUUGUGAGAGAAAUUGCUGCCCUUGAACCUAGAGAUCUGCAGUAAGCAGCUGUGGGCAAUCAUGUAAUUUCAUUUUUAUUUAAUUGUAAAGUUUGAAUUUGUUUGUGAAUUUGAACAUAAUUAGUAUUUUGUUUUGAA